AACUAAUUCACACUGUGUCCAGGAUCAUGCCGCUCAUGCCGGUACCGGGAAAUGGCACAACAUACUUAAAUUGAAGCACUUCAUCUCCUCUCGGCAAACGAACCCACCAACUUCAACAGUUCAUCAAAUCAUCUGCACUCAUCAUGGAGGCGUCACAGAGUAUAUCAGACCGGGAUGAUUUUUAUCUGGAUAUUCUUGGGCAACAAGCCAAGAUUAACAGACUUUAUACUCAGCUCGUGCUUUGUUUUCCUCUUCCGGACGAUUCGGAUUCCUCGAUGAAAGCCAUCGUGAAAACUUUAACUAAAGGUCUUGAACGGCUAUCUGCGAGCUUUCCCUGGGUAGCGGGAAAGGUCGUGGAGGAUGAGGAUGGCAACUUCAAGAUUAGGCCAUUCCAUAAACCACCAUUUUUAAUCAUGGCAGACUACCGAUUUCUCGACUAUGGAAAUCCCCAUACUAUUCCAGACUGGGCCACACUCGAACGUGCUAAAUUUCCGUUCAGCAUGCUCGAUGAAUUGUGGAUUGCGCCACAGAAGACACUCGCAGAGGGAUCCGUCUCUGAACAUCCAGCACCUGUUUUUCUUGUCCAGGCUAAUUUGGCCAAUGGGGGUCUCCUGCUCACUUUCAGUGCUCAGCAUGGCUCGAUGGAUAUGAGGGGCCAGGCUCAGGUUAUGUACCUCUAUGCGAAAGCCUGUCGGAAUGAACCUUUUACGAACUCGGAACUCAAUAUUGGGAAUAUGGACAGGAAGUAUGUCAUCCCUCUAUUGAAUGAAUCGGACCUUGGACCGGACUGUCCGAUAUCAACGGAAUCUACUGGGAAUGACUGUAUCUGGGCAUACUUUCUCUUUCCUGCCACUUCUUUAGCCACUCUCAAAUCCAUCGCUCUGACGACUACACCUCUAGGUGGUUUCGUUUCGACGGAUGAUGCCCUCACGGCAUUUGUUUGGCAGUCUAUUACUCGAGCACGUCUCCCACACAUUAUUAGCACUGGCACCAUCAAAUAUAACUCGACACUCUCGCGUAAUGUCGACGUCCGUCGUCAUCUUUCCAUUCCGGAAUCUUAUCCUGGGCUCGUCACAGCUGCAACAGUUCAUACGGCCGCAAUUGAUGUUUUGGUGGAGGAGUCAUUAGGGACUCUCGCGACACAUCUUCGCUCCGCUCUCAAUCCUGCGGCAUUGAAGCAUAAAACCUGCAAGCUAGCAACAAUAAUCAGUAAAGACAAGAACUCCAAAAUGGCAAGCUUCGUCCCAAAGGGCAUCUCGGAGCUGGAUGUAAGGAUCAGUUCUUGGGCGAAAGAGAAUUGCAGCAGUCUAGACUUCGGAUUCGGAAAGCCCGUUGCUGUGCGUCGACCUCGGUUUAAGGAGGGUGCAAGAGAAGGAUUAGUCUAUUUCUUGCCGAAGUCACUAGAUGGAGAGCUCGCAGUAGGAGUCUGUCUCAGAGGUGAAGACAUGGAACGACUGAAGAUGGACGAGCAGUUUUCCAAGUUUGGCACAUUUAUUGGAUAGGAGAGGGGCAUAUUUUAUCUCUAGUCAUGUUCACAGUAGCUUAUCUAAAGCUGAUCUACCAACCGUUUGACGCCA